CAUCACGACUAGGAGGACUCACUGUUCCUUUCAUCUGCAUUUCGCCUGAAUAAUAUUAGUAUCGACAUAGUCCUCUAGUUUUAGCAGUCAACUGGCCUGUCAGCGGUAAAAUAGCAACUGCUACUCAGUAAACGCUCGCGGGAAAACGUUGCCGUGUUACCGAAGCGUUCGAGCAGAGAGUCGGGCUAUUUGUUGUUGGUUGGAAAAGUUUUAAUGAAGAUCGCAAAGGAAGUCAUUACAGGUGGCGUUUCUAACAUUAAGUAGAUGGCGACCGUUCGAACGCUGUGGAUGGAUAGAAAGUGCUUCAUACACGUCUGAUAUCACCGGUUAACAUUUCGUGAGAAGAAUGAUACGCUGAAUAUGCUCUCGUCGUAGCAAAAAAAAAAAAAAUACUGAGACCGUCCGUCAUCGGAGUCGGUGGUUGUAGCUGAGCUGUGGCUACCUGCUCUACAGUGGGGGUUGGGAUGUUUGGGAGGUCGUCGUCACCAGCCGUUUAACCAUACAGUAACGAUAAAGUUAGUCAGUUGUGUUUGCUAUCUAGCUAACACUGCAGAGUUAGCAACCCCCCAGUCCUGGCAGAGUGCCGUUGUGAGGAGCCAGUGUUACAGGAGAUGAGCUACAGAAAUGCAUCGCGACGUAACUGUGGUUCAGGUGGUGGAAUUUGAGACGGACUGUAAGAGUAGCCAGCUUGCUAGUUAAAUUACUAGUAGUCAGAUUGGUUACUCGCUAACAAGCAGAUUGACAACUCCAUUACCUAACGCUGACUGUAACUGGUAUUCGCUAUCAGCAGUCUUUGUGUUAGUCAGUUGGACAAUACAGUGCGACUCGAUGGAAGCGUACAGUAGCAUGCUAACAAAGCAAUGCUUUGUUGUUGGAUAGGGGGCAGCUGGCACCAACACACAGGCUUCACAGCUGAUAUUAUUGCUUAGCUAAUACAGCAGGUCUCAGUCACAGAAGGUUUGGGGGUCCAGACACCGUUGUGUUGCUGUCAAGACUGUGUGUGAUAGAAAAGGAGAAGACUGAGAAGACCCUGCGCGAGACCCUGAAGGCAACCUGAUGACACUGGACAGCAUGAAGUCCGAGCGAGAUGCAACGGAGGAGUUUUUCGAGUAUGAUGCGGAGGAGUUCCUGGUGUUCCUGACCUUACUCAUCACAGAGGGAAGGACACCAGAAUAUUCUGUCAAAGGCAGAACGGAGGGGCUGCACUGUCCACCGGCCCAGUCGGCCAUGCCACCGCUUCACAAGCACGAAUGCAGCGACAAACUGCCCCAGUGUCGGCAGGCAAGGCGAACCCGUUCGGAGGUGAUCCUGCUUUGGAGGAACAGCAUCCCCAUCAUGAUUGAGGUCAUGCUCCUGCCAGACUGUUGCUAUGGUGAUGAGUGCCCCCCGAGUGACCCCAUCAGUGACCCGGUCAUCAAACAAGAUGCUCUGCUGCUGGAGAGAUGGACCCUGCAGCCAGUUCCAAGACAAAGCGGCGAUCGUUUCAUUGAGGAGAAGACCCUGCUGCUGGCUGUUCGCUCGUACGUCUUCUUCUCCCAGCUCAGCGCCUGGCUCAGCGCCUCCCAUGGCAUCGUCCCCAGAAACAUCCUGUACAGGAUCAGUCCUGCUGAUGAGGAGUUGGUGUGGAAGUUCUCCCAGCCGCCUUCAGAGCACAUUUUCCCCGUCCCCAAUGUAUCCCAAAGUGUUGCGCUGCAGGUUCGUGUCCAGUCGCUCCCCCGCCAACCCACCUACCCCACCCUGGCCUGCAGCAUCCAUACCGGCCUGCCUCCGCUUUACAGCAAGACCCCCAGCCUCAACCCAAACCUCAACAGCCAUGGUGGAGUGCCCACCCUCAAAAAGAGCCAGGACCCCAGCAAAGACAACCUCCUUCACAACUCUAACAUGUACAGCAAGAGCUCCAACUCCAUGUCUGGCCUUCUCCUCAAUGGAUUACCCAUUCCCAAUCUUCCCAUCAGCAACAUCCCCAUCAAUAGCCUUCCCCACACUGCUGUGCCACCUCCUUACAGCAAGAAGAGCCAGGAGCCUGGUGAAGACCACACGUAUCAGAAUGGAGACCUUCCACAGGUCAACAUCCCCCAACAUCAGGGCUCCCCACUGUUCCACAGGUCCUCUCACUCCCCCACGCCCUCCCGCUCCCACUCCCCCUCUCCACUUCCCACAAGUAAAGCAGGGAAGUGGCUGUACUCGGCUCUCAAUGGUUCAUCUGACCCCACACAAGUAGAGGACUAUGGGUCUUGCACCAACAGCAGUGAGAGGUCAAAGGGGCCCAUCCCUGAGCCACUGAGAGCUUUUAAGAAUUUCUCCUUUGCUGAACCACCCCGCUGCCCAUCCCCAAGGCCUGCUGCAACCGAGACAAACCCCCUGAUUGGCUCCCUCCUGCAGGAGAGACAGGAAGUUAUCGCCCGCAUCGCACAGAGGCUCAACUUCUGCGACCCCACAGCACCGCCACUCCCUCCCGGCCUUUUUGCUUCUGACAACCCUCCCAAAGCCAUGUGGGGCAGUAACCAUGACGAUGUAACUGCCAAUAAGACCAAAGAGCCCGAGGUACCGCCCUAUGAGUCUGUGGGACGUGUGUGGCCCAGCCCCUUAAAUACACCCGUGACUGACACUUCUUUCAGCAAACAGGAGAGCUCCUCCCCUAAACCUGCAGCCUGCAGGAAGCUGAAAAUGACUGAGACGAGAGACAGAGAGGAGGAGAGGAAUGGAAAGAGGGAGAGAGAGAAGGAGAAAGACAAGGAGAGGGGGAGAGACAGCUCCCUGAUCGCCCAGGCAGUACAAGACAUUACUCGACUCAUCCAGGAGAGACUGUCUGUCCCCUCUCUGUCCCCCAGGUACAGCAGGAGCGGCAGCCCUCUGCACCACACGCACACAACGACAGUCACACACACGGUCCGCACAUACUCACACACCACACACAUCUCACAAGCCUCACACACUGCCACCAACGGCUACGCCAACGGCCACACACCCAGCCACGAACCUCACAGAGGCAGCACGCAAACCUCUGCCACACACGCGCCCAUUUGCACAGACAAGCCCCGAGCCAGUCCGAGGACCGAAUGCCAUUCUCCCCGGGCCCAAAAUGGUGCUCACUUUACACUUGAAGAACCCUCAUUCAAAAGCCAGUCCCACACCCAGGCUGGUCAGCGUUUACGAACUCCCCCACAGGAAAAGCUCAGAGUCAGGACACCCAGCAGCCAUGAAACCUCUGCUUCCCCUGUCCUUGAGAACAGCCCAAGGAAUGCCCAGAUCUUUAGUUGGACUUGCAAUGAUGCCAGACCAGUCAUGAACUGUAACAUAAGCCACAACCACAGCAAGCCUCAGCCUCAGUCCCAGCUGCAGAUGCAGAUCUGUGCACCAGCCCAGGCCUCUGGCCCACAGGAUGAGAACCAGGCACCCUCGGAGUCUGGAUGCUCCAACACCCCCAGUCCAGACAUGACUCCUCCUCCUACUGUCCUGCGAGCUCACAGCCCCUCCCCUCUGCGUCUGUGCAACAGCUGGAAGAAACAGAAUCGCCACUCAUUAGAUGCCACAGCGACCAAGGCCUUCCAUCCCUGUACUGGCCUGCCUCUGCUCUCCAGCCCUGUUCCUCAGAGGAAAAAUCAAACAGGCUACUUUGACCUGGACACCUCUCUGGCUGGCUGUAAGGGUUUGCCUUGGGCCUCUGGGAAAAGGGUGUGUCCAAAGAGAGAGGGGUACGCAGAUGAAUCACAGCAGCUGUUCAGUGCCAGCGCUCCACCUGCCAGUCUCAGUCUGCUGGGAAACUUUGAGGAAUGUGUGCUGAACUACCGCCUGGAGCCUUUAGGGUUAGUGGAGGGUUUCACAGCAGAGGUUGGAGCCAGCGGGUCCUUCUGCCCCAGUCACCUGACCUUACCUGUGGAUGUGUCAUUCUACAGUGUCUCUGAUGACAACGCUCCCUCACCAUAUAUGGGUGUGAUAAACCUGGAGUCCCUGGGGAAAAGGGGCUACCGUGUACCUCCAUCAGGAACCAUUCAAGUGACCUUAUUCAACCCCAACAAGACAGUGGUGAAGAUGUUUGUUGUGAUGUAUGACCUGCGAGCCAUGCCAGCUGGACAUCAGACCUUCCUACGCCAGAGGACCUUCUCUGUUCCCGUCCGCCGUGACACAAACAAUCAGACCAGCAGGAAGGCCCUCGGCCAUGGACGCACCUUGCGCUACCUCGUACAUCUGAGGUUCCAGAGUUCUAAGUCUGGGAAGGUCUACCUCCAUAGGGACAUCCGUCUGCUGUUUUCCAGGAAGUCCAUGGAGGUGGACAGCGGUGCUGCCUACGAGCUCCAGUCCUUCACAGAGUCCCCCAUUGAUCCACCAUUCUCCCCCCGCUGCUGAGGCCAGACUCCCUCCCUCCUCCACCCGGCAGGCCACUACUGAAGCUUCAGUCACACCUCGAUUCCAGCGAUAGACUCUUGCUCAGCCCAUGGCUAGUUGCAAAGGCUCUAAAAGAGAAGCGAUUUAAGGAUGCCAGUCAACAAGACUCACCUGGGAGCCUGGGAGACUCAUCAGAAAUGAAACUUUGUUCUCUGUUAAGUGCACAAGGUUUUGGGUCAAAGGUUACAGUUAUAGAGUAUGUUUCACAUCCUGGUCUCCUGGUUAAGAAGGCCUUACCAGAUAUGAUAGGUAAUUCUUUUUCCUGCUGUUGUGUGUAUCCCCUCCAGCGUCUGGCAGGAGAGUAGAGACCAGUGAUUGUCUACAGAGGCAGUUAGAUACUUAAAUUAUUUCAGCAGAGUCUAGGCUACUUUACUCUAUUUACUCAAAUCAAAAUGUUAAUUGGAUCUCUACUUGACAUAAUGAAUAAGUGUUCAAUCUCAUUAGUUUCUUUAUAAAUGCAAUACAAGGCCCCUUUAAUAGUAAAAGAUUUUGUUUUAAAUCCUUGAAGAUUAGAUUGAUAGAACUGAAAGUGAACUCAGCUUUGACCCUGUGAUUCCUGAGCUCGGUGCAGAGGGAGUGCAUAUGGAAAAGGAAGCGGGUGGCAAACUGUGGUGCAACGCCAUCCUCUCGUCCAAAAAAAACCCCACAUACCAUGGACCACUAAAGAAGUUGAACAAGCAAUCAAGCUAGAUUCAACUGAAAGCAUCACAGCAAAACAUAAGAAGUGCACUGUGGAUUUUUUUUCUCUCAUAACUGGAAAUGAAACAGAAAAUAGUGAUAUUCUAAUACUUUUGUACUGUUACAGAACCACUUUAUUAGAAGUGUUGCAAUAGGAAGAGUAUCCUUAGUUUAGUGUUUACACAUUCACUUUCAGUUUACUUAACCAUCAGUUUAUUUAAUAUUUAAAUUAAUAUUUCAGUUACUACUUGUGACGUCUGUCAUGCUAAGAUGAUGUAGUGCAAACUGUAUAUCAUAGUAUGUAUUUUUGACAUUAAUAUUCAAAUCUGAAAAAAAUAUAUCUAUAUAUCUUCUAAAGCAAUCUUGAAAGCUG